UUUCAAUCCAUAGGGUUCUUAAUGGCCAGCCAUCAUGGCAAGUCCAACGCGCCAAUGUUAUUUUCCUAAUGGUAAUCCAUCGAGUGACGUUCCCUGCUCCUCCGAUGAAGCAACUGGAUGUUGCACCUCCGGGGAUAUAUGCAUGUCCAACGGACUUUGUUUGAACGUUGCCCAUCAACCUUACGUGGCGGGUCGAGGGAGCUGCACAGACAAAGAAUGGGGCGAUGGAUGCCCGCAGUAUUGCAAGGAUAUGAAUCGGGACGGAGGUUGCUCCAUAAUUAAUGUCACCUACGAGAACGGUAUAGCGACAUAUUGCUGCGGCACUCCUAUCACAAACGGGACCGAUGUCAUCUGUCCAGAAGGAAUGGAUAGCUUCCAGAUCCCAACGGGGCACGCGCUAACCGGUGUGGCACUCUUGAGCAAUGUUUCGUCAUCAUCAGCGACAACGGCACCCUCUUCCACAGAUACGGCGACGCGAUCUUGUCAUGACACUGCGAUUGGAGCUGGAGUGGGAGUUCCGCUGGGAGUCAUCGCGUUGAUGACACUGGCUUGGGCGAUCUUUGAACGAAGAGCAAGACGAGCAAUGCGGACACAAGUACCGCCAGCCACAGUAGUAUCAGACGACAAGGGCGGCCCCUAUGUGCGCAGUCGUAAUGGACCGCCUUCAGAGCUACCGCAUACGCGCGACGUAGCUGAACUCAUGGAUAGGAAUGAAUAAUGAAGAGUCAAUGGCCAAGUGAAUACCCUGACGGAAUUACGAUCGAAAUGCAGUUAUGAUAUCUGGUGUGAUGUACAGCGAUCGUUGACGAAAGACCGCAGGAGGUCGGGUCUUCAGAGCUCUGUUCAAAGACUCCGUCUCAUGGCGAAUAUUAUUGAUGACUAAGUCCUAUUAAACGCAGAGGAUAUGUGCACGGCUAAGUAUCCUAAUUUAUAGCUGAUACAUACAUACCAGACAGGAUCUUGAUCCUGCAUGUUGGAAACUAAUAGUUUAUGAACCCGUCGGACGGAUCAUUCUUAGAGACAUUCUUAGAGAAACAAGAAGAGAUGAUAAUGAG